AUAUAAUAUUGUAAGUCGCCACGCGUCGUCUUUUCGCCAUGUUCCUUCUUGUUACCAUCAACGUUCUUUUGUGUGUUGCUUCUGCGCAGCUUCCCAGACCAUGUGAUUCGCCAAAACAGUGGGAAGGGAGAAUAAUUACGGUUGAUAGAAAGGAGAAUUACUUUAGAAGAGGUCGAAUUAGUUAUGACGAACCCUCCUCUCGCUGGAGAAUUGUCGAAGAGGAAACAGAAGGGAGACAAGUUGACUAUUAUGAUAUUCUUUACCUUCACAAUGUGGGAAAGGAAUAUCGACUGAAUCUGAAAACAAGACAAUGCAAUGUGACAACUAUAACUCACACCUUUCGUCCCUAUGGGGUUCCCCGUGAGGCUAACUUCACCGGUGAGGCUACCAUCGGGGCUGCUGGUAUUCCCGGAGAAAAUGUGGCUAUCCUGAAUUUUGCUGGACAAUACCAAGAUGGAACCAAAUUCUUUGGUGACGUCACAUCCCCAGAUUGUAUUCCUGUUUCAAAUGGGGAGUUUAAUGACGAAUCCGGUUUCGUUCUGAAUACGUAUGGAAGUAACCAACAUAUAAGCAAAGAGUUUUCAGAAAGAGAUUUUGCUAAAUUAUCAGGGCCCUAG